CCCGCCCGCGCGCGCUCCGACCUCCGCCCGCGCCGGGUCUCGCGCACGGACAUGGCGGCGGCCGCGGCCGGCGGGGAACGGGCCCGGCCGGACCCGGCGGAGCAGCGGGCCGAGCUGGGCCCGCUCCUCGCCACGGCCCUCCGGCCCGGCGAGUCCUGGUACCUGGUGGAGAGCCGGUGGUUCAAGCAGUGGAAGAAGUAUGUGGGCUUCGACAGCUGGGACAUGUUCGGCGCCGGCGAUCCCAACCUGUUCCCGGGCCCCGUCGACAACGCGGGCCUGUUCCCGGGGCCCAUCGACAACUCGGGCCUGUUCGGCGAUCCGCAAACGCAGAGUUUGAAAGAGCACCUCAUUGAUGAGCUGGAUUACGUGCUGGUGCCCACCGAAGCCUGGAACAAACUAGUAGCGUGGUACGGCUGUAUAGACGGGCAGCAGCCUAUUGUGAGGAAAGUGGUGGAGUACGGGCUGUUUGUGAAGCACUACAAGGUGGAGGUUUAUCUCCUGGAGCUGAAGCUGUGCGAGAGCAGCGAUCCCGACAAUGUCAUCAGCUGCCACUUCAGCAAGGCAGAUACUGUUGCUACCAUUGAGAAAGAAAUGAGAAAACUCUUCAAUAUCCCAGCUGAGAAGGAAACCAGGCUAUGGAACAGGUAUAUGAGUAACACUUAUGAGCAGCUCAGCAAGAUGGAUAGCACAGUGCAAGAUGCAGGGCUCUAUCAGGGUCAGGUUGUUUUAAUAGAAGUGAAAAAUGAAGAUGGCACGUGGCCUGGACAGCAUUGCCUGGCAAAAUCAAGCACUGCAACUAGCAGAAACUUUACUACCUCUUCAAAAUCAUCAGCAAGUUCUUAUUCCUCAGUGUCUGCCACUUCUGUCAUUACUAAUGGUGAUAGCAGUAACUCCUAUGGACUGAACAGCUCCCACCUGGGCAGGGGAGGUUCUGGGUUUGUCUGUAACUCUUACAACUGCAGGGACAGUGCUUCCCUCUCACAACCUGGACUCUGUGGACUCAGUAACCUUGGAAACACCUGCUUCAUGAAUUCUGCAUUACAGUGCCUGAGCAAUACUCCUCCUCUGACUGACUACUUCCUGGAAGAUAAAUAUGAAGCUGAAAUAAAUCAGAACAACCCACUGGGGAUGAGGGGAGAAAUUGCAGAAGCCUAUGCAGAUCUCAUUAAACAGAUGUGGUCUGGGAGACAGUCCCACGUGGCCCCACGUAUGUUCAAAACACAGGUUGGGCGAUUUGCUCCUCAGUUCUCAGGAUACCAGCAGCAGGAUUCCCAGGAGCUCUUGGCUUUUCUGCUCGAUGGCUUGCAUGAGGAUUUGAACAGAGUGAAGAAGAAGCCCUACUUGGAGCUGAAGGAUGCCAAUGGCAGACCUGAUUCGGAGGUGGCAAAAGAGGCAUGGGAGAAUCAUAGGCUGAGGAAUGAUUCCAUCAUUGUGGAUAUUUUUCACGGUCUUUUCAAGUCUACCCUUGUUUGUCCCAAAUGCUCUAAAGUUUCUGUGACCUUUGAUCCCUUCUGUUACUUAACUCUGCCACUGCCCCUGAGGAGGGAUCGUCUCAUGGAAGUUACCCUGGUGUAUGCAGACCCACAGCGCAGACCUGUCCAGUACCGGGUUGUGGUGCCAAUGAUGGGGGCCAUCUCGGAUCUCUGUGAAUCACUUUCCAAACUCUCUGGUGUUCCUGCAGAAAAUAUGGUGGUGACAGACGUGUAUAAUCACAGAUUCCACAAAAUCUUCCAAAUGGAUGAAGGUUUAAAUCAUAUCAUGCCAAAAGACGACAUCUUUGUGUAUGAAGUUUGCAAGCCAAGUGAGGAUGGCUCAGAGUAUGUUACUCUCUCCAUUUACUUUCGGGAAAAGACAGUGAGGCAAUCCAGCAAUACUUCAGGGACUGUGCUCUUUGGGCAGCCACUGCUGAUAUCUGUGCCCAAACACAAGCUCACUGUGGAUCACCUGUACAGUGUGGUUUUGAGGCAGAUCAGCCGCUGUGUGAAACUCCCUCUGGCAGAAGAAUACUCCUCACCCUGCCCAGACAGAGGAACCUGCAAUGGCUCCAAUGGUGUGGUUGAAGGCGACAUUGAAGAGAUGGAGCAUCAGGAUGGUGAAGAGGAAGGCAAGGAAAAGCUGACAGAAGUUGAUCCCUGCCACUCUGAGGGUUGUAUGCAGGUGGAGUCAGCAAGAGACCUGCAGCCUUGCAAGAAACAGUAUUUCACUUUUAGCCUUGUGAAUUCCUCUGGGACCUCGGAGAUAAACUCCAUUGUUGAAGGAAAAAUCUUAAAACUGAAUGCUUUUUCUGCAGUUGCUAUUGACUGGGAUUCUGAGACACGGAGGCUGCUGUAUGAUGAACAGGAGGCACAGGCAUUUGAAAAACAUGGAAGCAUGCUACAGCUACAGAAGAAGAAGGCUGUUGUAGCCCUCAGAGACUGCAUAGAGCUCUUCACUACUAUGGAAACGCUUGGUGAACAUGACCCGUGGUACUGCCCUAACUGUAAGAAACAUCAGCAGGCCACGAAGAAGUUUGACUUGUGGUCUUUGCCCAGGAUUUUGGUGGUACAUUUAAAACGCUUCUCCUACAGCAGAUACUGGAGGGAUAAACUUGACACGGUUGUGGAAUUCCCCAUCAGGGGUUUGAACAUGUCCGAGUUUGUCUGCGACCCAAGGGCAGGCUCAUACGUGUAUGACCUCAUUGCAGUAUCCAAUCACUAUGGAGCCAUGGGAGUUGGCCACUACACUGCCUAUGCCAAGAACAAGGUGAACAACAAGUGGUACUACUUCGACGACAGCAGCGUCUCGGUGGCUUCAGAAGACCAAAUAGUGACAAAAGCUGCGUACGUGCUGUUCUAUGAGCGCCGAAACAGCGAGGAACAUUGUGGCCCCUCUGCUCCCCAAGAAGAGUGUGAUGGCAUGGACACCAACUAAGCACCACCUCCAGCACUCAGCCACCAUGGUAGUGGUUGCUCUUGUAAAGCAAUGCCUGAGGCGCCUGAAAAUUUUUCUUCCUUCUGUAGGGGUCAAGCAGAAAAUCAAGCACUGAGAGAUUCAGUGCUGGGGGUUGCAGAACAGCACUGAAGAGCCAGGAAUAGGUGCUGACACUUGGGUAUUUAGAGGCCAAAAAUAAUAUAUAUUGGAGCUUCAAUAAAGUUCUUUUUAAAAUCUG